AUGCUGCACUAUGGGGUUUCUGGAGGUGAACCACACUAUGAUGGCAACAUGGCUGAGGGGGUGAAAGAAUUGGGAGCUGGAACUGAAGAAGACGGGCCUGUGGGUGAUUCAGAUCAGCACUCAGUUGAUGGUGGCAUGGUUGAGGAAGGAGAGAUUGAGGGUGACAUGCAGGCUCUGGAUGUGGAUGAAUCUGAUGAUUCGGAGCUCGAAGUUGUAGGUGAUGAGGAACUGGAAGAGGAUUUUGCUAACAUAGUGUUGGAGGAGAAUGAAUCAUCUGGCCAGGGCUUACGGUGUCUGAAUUUGCUUUCAACACCUAAAACUAAGGGAACUAGUGAUCUUGUACUAAACAAGGAAGUGAAUCUCGAGAAAAAUGCUUCGCGAUGGCCCGACCGCACGCGAGCGAGAGCACACCCUACCCCGAGCCGUUCCCUCGCCGCCGCCGCCACACCUCAUCCCGCUCGCGCCGUCGCCGCCACACCUCAUCCCGCUCGCCGCCUCCGCCGCCACACCUCAUCCCGCUCGCCGCCUCCGCCGGAUUGGGACACGGACUGCGCGCAUCGAUGGACGACGGAGGCGGCGGUGGGCGAGAGAGGAGGGAGGCCGCCGCUGCACUGCUGCGCCGACGCGGAUACCGACGCCGCGUCGUCCGUGGCCAUGGCCGCCGCCGCCGACGACACCGCGUUGCCCAUCCUCACUCCGUCGUGGCGCCGGCCGGAGAAGAGGCCCAUCGCGGCGCGUGGCGGCCGGCCGCAUCGCCCGUGGCUCCGUCAAGCGCGCGCGCACGUACGCCCGGCCAAGGCGGCAAAGGGGGAUCGCUCGUGUCUUGGCGGGGAUCGCUCGUGCCGUGGCGUGCUCAUGCUUCGAGUGCUAAAGCAUAUGCUUUCUGGCCCAAAAGGGUCUUCCGGCAACAGCUCUGAUGGGUCUCAGGAUUUGAUUGUGGCGGUGUGCCUUCCCAGAGGCAUCAAAGGAAUGGAAAAAUUGAAGACACUAUCGCAUGUUGAAGCUCCCGGCAAGGUUAAUGAUUUAACUGAUGUUGGUCGUCUGUUGCAGCUGAGUAAACUGGGUGUGAUUCUUUCGGCUGAGAAAGGUGGCUUGGGUGUUCUAUUCCAACAGAUUGAGAAAUUACACGGUUGCCUGCGCUCCUUGUCAAUCCAGAUGAACAAACCACCCAAAGCAGAGGAUACUCUUCCAUUAGCUUCACCUCCAAAACUUCUUCAGAGCCUGAACAUUAGUGGCAUUAGAAGUGGGCUCCUUUUGUGGAUUGCAGAGCUUGAUCAACUUACCAAGUUAACAUUGAGCGAGACUUACCUGGGGGAAGACUAUAUACACAUCCUUGGCAAGCUUGCAUCUAUGCGUUGCCUCAGGCUUCGGCGCAAUACCUAUGCCGGAAGCGGGCUCACAUUCAAUGAUGGAGAGUUCAAGAGCCUCAAGUCGUUGGUAGUUGAUGACGGUGUCAUAGUUAACAUUACCUUCGAAACUGGGACAGUUCCCAACCUUGAGAGGAUUGUUUGGUACAAAAAUAUUGUUAUAAUUAAAUCAUGUGCUAACAUUUGCUCUAUCUGGUUUAUCCUCGUGAGAUCAAAUUUUAUGAUUUAUCGGUCAUGUUAUCGUGGAUCCUAGAGCAAAAUUUAUCUUAUCCUCUGUAGUUGGUCGCCCACACUGGAUAGUUUAACCAGAUUUUCUGAUUGCAUGUCUUGAUUGGAUGUGUACAGGAACCUGUAGGAAAACUUCAAUCGGAGCAAGAGUCGCACCACGGAGAUCUUCUUCCUGUGUAGCUUGACAACUUCAGUAAGACUAGAAUUGAUGCGGUUGCCUUGAGUAAGCAUGCUCAUGUACACGGCAAGAGGCAGUAUGUUUGUCAGGAGCCCGGGUGUGGGAAAGGUAUAUCCGACAAAAAGGGGAUAGAUUUAACAUUACACCUUUACUGGUACAUUAAUGUUAGUGAACUUUCUUGUUUACUAGCCUUGACAGAUUUUUCAGUAAUUUUAGACUCAUACCUGAAAUGUUCAUAAAAGCUUUUUUUCUCUAUCUUUUUUAUUUAAGAGGACCUUUCUCUUUUUGCAUAUUAUUAGCGGAUUUAAGGCCCAAUGAUGUGAAUACAUAUAAUACCUUUGGUUAUGUGUCAGCAAAGAUUCAGUUAAAUGAUCAAUUCACUAAUUAAUCAAUCAGUAAAGACUCAGUUGUUUAAUCCUACUAGAUAGAUACUCCAUGCAUCCAAUCAAUUGUCAGUGUUAAUGGAUUGAUCCAGUACAUUCAUUCAUUCAAAUAAUUUAGUCCUACCCGAGAAAUUUAAGAUCACAUAUGUAUCGAAGUCUUGAUCUUUUUUUUCUCGUCCAUGUGCAAAUGGUGCUGAGGAAUAAACAAUGAUCAUGUUUAACCGGAUUAGAUGUAUUUUUGGUCUUCACCUAAGCUCUAGGGGUGGGCCAACAAUCAUUACAGGUUGGUCGACAUGAGUCAGGGACCUGACAUGUUCGAGAAGAUGCAAUCCGAUGGCCGCAGGUGUCAUGUCUUCUUCGACCUUAUUUGUUAUGUGAACGGUACACAAGAUCUUAGUCAUGCCCUUCCUGCCGCGGAAGCUUGAAGAGAGUCCAGUCCAGAGACCUGUGGGUGCUCACGGGCGACGACGAUGUGAUCGACCCCGUGACCCUGGAGAAGGAGAACGUGAGGCACUUCCACAGCUUCAUCGACAGUCUGCCCCUCAUCGUCCCCGACAACCUUCUGCUGGUCUACCUGCAUCUGAUAGAAAUUUGCAUUUUUAACUUUAACAUAGAUGUUUAGUAAAAUCAGAUAUAAAAACUGGUGCACAAUGACAUAUGAAUCGGUUAUGCUUUUUUUUACCCGGU